AUGGAUUAUGUGUCUAAAUGGGUUGAAGCUGUAGCUUUACCUACAAAUGAUGCCAAAUUAGUUAUGAGAUUCUUGCAUACAAAUAUUUUUACAAGGUUUGGUACCCCUCGUGCCUUAAUUAGUGAUGAAGGUUCACAUUUUGACUGUAGAUUAGUUGCCAACGCUUUGAACAUAUAUAGGGUUAAACAUAAAAUUGCCAUGGCAUAUCACCCACAAACAAAUGGACAAGCUAAAAUUUCCAAUAGAGAAAUCAAGCAAAUUCUAGAGAAGGUUGUCAAUCCCAACUGCAAGGAUUGGUCAGCGAGGUUGGAUGAAGACUUGUGGGCUUAUUGCACAGCUUUUAAGACACCGUUGAAACACGAUGCUGCACUCAAGAAAGCUCUUCAGAACAACUUCACCAAGGCAAUGCCUAUAUUUCCUAAAGAACUUUUAUCUGAUGAUGAAGAAGAAGAUGAAGAACCUGCCACUACACACAAGCAUAACAAAGAGCCCACGGGAGAUGAAGAAUCAAUAGAGUUUGUACACCUUGAGUCUGACAAAGAGGGCGAUGAUCAAUAA